AUGGGAAGGACUAUUAGGAGACGCAGGAGUAAUUCCUCGCUUUCGGAGGCCAUAUCAGUAUCUCUGGGAAUAAACCAGGAUUCAUCUAUUAACAAGAUGCAUAGAGCAAGUGUUAGUGCAAUGUCACCUCCAUUAUGCCGUUCAUACAUGAGUGGGUUUUUUACAGGUGGAAACUCACCUAUGAUCAACAGUAUGUCAGAUUCAAAACUCCCCUUGUCAAACAAACAACAUCCCAAAGUAAUACACGGAUCAGAAAACUUGCAUAGGCAGACUGCUCAGCUGUCCAACGAAUUUUGCUCUUCCUCUGUGGAGGAAAAUUCUCCGACUAUCAAAGAUUAUAUGGACAUUAUAGAUAGUGGUGACAGAAAAGAUGAUCAAUCCAUGCGCACAAUAGAAGAGGAUAUUGAUGAAGAGUAUUCAGAUGAAUACUCUAGAUUAUUACUUAGCCCAGCAUCGUCUAAUAUUAACGACGAUCGAAAUCGUGGGCUGCAAAAUGGGCUGACAUCAGAACUAGAAGAUGAUUACGAAGGCGGAUAUCAAUCUCUCCGCUCCUCACAUAAUUUACGUUCUAGACCAAGAAAUUUUAGGCGUUUGUGCACGUCCUUUCCUUCCAAGUUUAUACAUUAUCUACCAGCCGCGGUACUAGGUUUGCUUUUGAACAUUUUAGAUGCCUUAUCUUAUGGUAUGAUCAUUUUUCCAAUUACGGAACCAGUUUUUUCUCAUUUAGGACCCACUGGUAUUUCCAUGUUUUAUAUAUCUACUAUAAUAUCACAAGCCGUGUAUUCUGGGGGUUGCUCUAGUUUCCCAUCGGGAAUUGGUAGCGAAAUGAUUGAGAUCACUCCGUUUUAUCACACAAUGGCAUUGGCUGUGAAAGAGGCGCUAGCAGGUGAUGAUGACGAAAUUAUAACAACAACAAUUUUUUGCUAUGUGAUAAGUUCUAUGCUUACAGGCACUGUUUUUUAUGUAUUGGGUAAACUACAACUUGGGAAAAUAGUAGGGUUUUUCCCACGGCAUAUAUUGAUCGGCUGUAUUGGGGGUGUAGGUUAUUUCUUAAUUAUUACAGGUAUCGAAGUCACAACGAGGGUCGCCAAAUUUGAGUAUUCGUGGCCCUUUUUUUUAGGACUGUUCACAAAUUAUGAUACUUUGGCAAAAUGGUUAUUGCCUGUUAUAUUGACAGUAAUUUUGAUUGGAACUCAGCGCUAUUUCAAGAAUUCCCUUGUUUUGCCAAGCUUUUACAUCUUGACAUUGGUUUUGUUUCAUUUUAUUGUUGCGAUCAUUCCUACAUUGUCUUUGGAUACUUUGAGAGCAGCAGGAUGGAUCUUUCCCAUUGCCAACUCAGAUAGCAAAUGGUACGAUCAUUAUAAAUUAUUCAAUGUCCAUAAAGUUCAUUGGUCACUUGUUUUACAACAAAUACCAACGAUGAUGGCAUUGACAUUUUUCGGUAUUUUACACGUUCCUAUAAAUGUACCAGCAUUAGCCAUGUCGCUCCAAAUGGACAAAUACGACGUUGAUAGGGAAUUGAUCGCACAUGGUUAUUCCAACUUUUUUAGUGGGUUAUUAGGUUCUGUUCAAAACUAUUUGGUAUACACUAAUAGUGUUCUGUUUAUUAGAGCAGGUGCUGAUUCCUCAUUUGCUGGUUUUCUUUUGAUAGCUUUAACUAUUUGCAUCAUGAUGAUUGGUCCAGUCAUUAUAUCGUUCAUUCCAAUCUGUAUAGUGGGCUCUUUGAUUUUCCUAUUAGGUUAUGAACUUUUGGUUGAAGCAUUGAUUGAUACCUGGAACAAACUAAAUAGGUUUGAAUAUCUAACCGUUGUGAUUAUUGUUUUUACGAUGGGAAUCUUCGACUUUGUUCUGGGUAUUAUUGUUGGUAUUUUAAUCGCAUGUUUUUCAUUCUUGGUUGAUAGUACAAAAUUGCAAACGAUUAACGGUGAGUAUAAUGGGAACGUCGCGAAAAGUACAGUAUAUCGUGACUACGUUCAGACAAAGUUCUUAGAUGGUAUUGGUGAACAAAUAUAUGUUCUGAAACUUCAAAACCUUUUGUUUUUCGGAACAAUUUUAUCUAUUGAAGAAAAAAUUGAGAAAUUAUUGCAGAUAAGUAAUAAAGAUGCAACAAAACGAAGAAUAAAAUACUUGAUUUUGGACUUUAAAAAUAUUAAUGCCGAUAACAUUGACUAUUCUGCGGCAGAAGGCUUUAAUAGAAUUAAAAGAUUCACCGAAACCAAAAAAAUUAAACUAAUUAUAUCUUCAAUUAGGGAAAGAGACCGCAUAUACAAUGCCUUUAAUAAUGUGGGAUUGUUAAAUGAUGUGGAACUGUUCGCUGAUUUAAACAGUGCAUUGGAGUGGUGUGAAAAUGAAUUUCUCUUCCAGUAUAAACAGCUAAGGAUAAAAGCGAAAGAACGGUUAGAAGAACGAAAGCAGAAUAACAUUGUAUCUGCAGUAAUGGCAGCCACUCAAAAUAAAAAUAUUAAUGCAUUAGGGAAUGGAUUAAAUAAAGGAAACAACAUAGAUCCUGUCAGGAAUCUAAUGUCACUGCCGACCAACACUCCGCGUAAUUAUCAAAUGCUUUCUGUAGCACAAAAUGUAUUUGUAAAUGAUGAGCAGGCAGUGAAAAACUUCAAGAAGGAGUACAAGGAUGAUGAACCAGUCUUACCUAUAUUGCUAUUUGCAUUAAAGCAAUAUCGACCUGAUAUAAUAUCUGAAAUUCAAAAGGUGAGAGAAAAGGAAAUCAAGUUUUGGGCACAGCUAUGCCCCUACUUCACAAGGCGGAGAUUAGCAAGUCAAUCACUUUUACUACAUGCAGACAACGUCUUCUUUCUGGUAGAAACAGGUAUGUUGAAGGCAACAUAUGAAUUGCCACAGGGUACCUUGUACGAGAUUUUUUCAAAUGGCACAUGUUUCGGGAAAAUCAUUGCACCAGGGAAUGCUAUGCCUAGAGAACAGAAACUUACCAUCGAAACAGAAACGGACUCCAUACUAUGGGUUAUAGAUUCUAGCUCUUUGAAAAAAAUGAAAGAAGAGAAUUUAGCAUUGUACGUGGAGGUUGCAUUAAUGGUCAUGUGCAUCAAGGACACUAGAUUUAAAGAAUUACUCGGCUACACACUUGUCAGCGCAUAA